AUGGCAGAUCUCAGCGUCAAGGUUGGACUCCGAAUCGAGACACAGGACGGCAAGCAAGGCACUGUCCGCUACAUAGGGCAUAUUCACGUUGCCUCGGGAGAGUGGCUGGGCCUCGAACUGGCCGAUGACUCAGGCAAGAAUGAUGGUUCCGUUAAAGGGGAGCGAUACUUCAACUGCGCUCCCGGCCAUGGCAUCUUCGUCCGCAAAGAAUCGGCUGUCAGAAUCCUCAGUCAAACCACUCCCGGUGUAAAGCCCAAUGGAACAUCCACAUCCAAUGGAUCGACGGCGAAGUCGAGACCCUCGAGCAUAGUUGCUCCGGACGUUGCAAGGAAGAGGCAGAGUUUGAUGAGCGCUGGUUCCGGCACAACUACAGGCUCAAGGUCCAUGAAGGCAUCUUCUCCGAUCAAGUCUCCUACGAAGCCUGCCCCGUCUUCCGUCAGUUCAUCCACCUCUACUCCACGAACAGGUACUCCGGCGACUACCGCGCGAACGUCUGAUUCGAGUACAAAAUCAAGGCUCAGUUUGGCUGGGAAAUCUGCAAUGGCCCCCCCGGCUUCAAUACACAGGCCGAGCGCCUCGACGAGUAGACAAUCCAUAGGUGGUCCGGUCAAACCCCCGGCACCUAGGCCUUCCUCAAUGCAGCCACGCCCUUCUAUGGCCACUUCCAGGUUAUCUAUGACACCCAAAGCGCUCUCUCGAACCGAGAAGAGCGAGCCUAUAUCCAAUAGCGUCGAUGCGAAACAAGCACCUCCGAUCAUGGAAGAGCGACCAACUCCGACUGCUUCGCCAGUGGCAGAAGAAGCAGGGGCUCAGGAGCCAUCAGAUAUCGAAGCAAGAGUUUCAUCGGCUGCCACCUCCCGUUCGCAGCCGCUGGCCGGUCAACGGAACGGGUUUAGUUCUCCCGCCGAAGACAGAUCACGACAGGCACAGGUCAUCAAGGCAUUGGAAACGAAAGUUCGGACUCUGCAAAAGCAGAGACAAGAGGACCAAGCUCAGAUACACAGCGUGCAGGAACUUCAAAACCAAGCGACACGCUACGAAGGAAUUAUUCAAACUUUGCAGAAAAAGCUCAAAAACAACCAACAAGAAAUUCAAGAACUCAAAGCCAAGUAUGACGACGCAGAGUCUCGUGCUGCCCAGGUGCCAGACCGUAGUGCCGAACACGACUCGGAACUAGAGCUUGCGACACUUGACAAAGAGAUGGCUGAAGAGCGUGCUGACAUGUUUGAGAGUGAACUGGAGGCCCUGAAGCUCAAGCACGAAGAGCUGGAGCUCGAGGCUGAAAUUCUGAGAGAAGAGAACCGGGAAUUAGCGUCAAUCAUGAGUCCUGAGGAGAAGGCCAGCGCAGGCUGGCUUCAGAUGGAACGUGAGACGGAGAGGCUACGUCAGGCACUAGUCAUGUUAAGAGACGUGACGCAGCAAAAUGAGGGUGACUUGAAGAACGAGAUCAAGGAGCUCCAUGAGACCAUUGACGAGCUUGAGCUGACAUCCUCAAAAUAUGAAGAAGUUGCAGCGAAGCUCAGCAGGGCGGAAGAGACGAACCAACAUCUCAGAGAACAGCUAGAGGCUGCGGAGGCGAAUGACGAGAUGUUGGACACCCUGGGCCAAGAGCGUGACCAGAAUCGAACCGUGAUCGAGCAGCUGAAGAGGCAGGUUCAGGAUCUCGAAGAACACAUCCAAGUGGCAGACGAGCUCGAGGCAUUUCAUGUCGAAGAGGAGAAGCGGCUACACUAUCAGUUGGACGAAAGCGAAGCCAUGCUACACGACAGAUAUCGACAAGCUGCCGAGCAGGAAAAGACAAUCGAGGACCUGGAGUAUACACUAACCAAAUUCCGAGAUGUUGUGCAGGGUCUGCAGGGUGAUAUUGACGAGCUCCGGCGGUCACGCGAGAUCAGCGAACUCGAGGCGAACGAGAUGAGUAGCAAGUCCAGAGCUAUGAUGGAUCUCAAUCUCAAGCUGCAGAACUCGGCGGCCAAAACUCAACUGAAGGCCAUUGAUCUCGAGCUUGGGAGGAUGCGCGCAGAGCAAGCUAGCCUACAUUUGGAAAUCGUGCAGCACUUUAUUCCAGACACGUUCGACGUCGACAAGAAACCCAUCCAGGCUCUUUUAUGUUUCAAAAGAAUCCGGUCAAAGGCGCAGCUGUGCAAAGUCAUACUGGCGGAGCGAAUGCGCGACAGGGCCGAGCUCCAUGAAAGUCCUAUGGCAGUAUUUGCUGUCAUGGAAAGGAUGAAUUUCAUUGCCAAUCUCUGCGAAAGAUUCGUGCAACAUCUGUCAACAUGUUCCACAGACGACUUCAUGAGAUACGCUGGCGCUCCGUUCGAGCUGGAGCCGGUGGAGCAGGCAAUGACGAGCUGGGUGGAGGCCUUGCGCCGGGAUGAACUCGGUCAUGAUGGUGCCCAAUACCUCCAACGUAUGGCCGACAUUCUGGUUGACAUGUCUGAGAAGUUUCUUCCGGACACUCACGAAGCCAAAGCAAUGGAGAUGAACUCAUCCAUCGCGAUGGUUGAGAAUUAUACAGAAAACAUUGCCAGUGAAACUCAGAUCUUGAGCAAAGCUGUGCAAGCCAAGUUAGGGCCGCCAAAUGACGACGACGAAGACUCUGCACUAUUUGAAAAGAAAAUGGACCAGCUCGGUAUCAAGGCUAGAACGAUCAAAUAUGUUUCUGGCAAGGUAAUGCAUGCGUUGAGCGAUCUCUGGACGCGGUCAAUGUGCCUGGGCGAGUCCAUGUGGAGUAAAUUCACCGAAGCUGAGUUGUGCGCUGAAGCUUUGGCUCAUCUAACGCAAAAAGUUGGAGAGUCGGUGUUCGAGGAGCUUAACAAGAUGGAGACGGAUGAAGCGCUUUCGUAUUCGCGGGUCAUCGCUCUUAUGACUGCGGCGGCAUCUGUCGAGCAACAACAGAAUGAGGCACAAGGAGCUGCUUCAGAUGAUGUCUUCGAGAUUUUAUUCGAGCAAUUGCAAGUCCUGCAAGGAAAGAUCGACGACCUCAACGCCAAGUCAGCAGAUAUAUCUUGCGCCAUUGAGUUCGAGAAAUUCCCGGCACCCUGGACGGCUCGUGCCCGUGAAGUCAAGGCACAAAAGGCUCUGUCACAAGACUUGCAGGAGGAGAUGACUCGUUUGAGGCUGAAAAUCCAAGAGCAGAUCAUCAAGAUCAGCGAAAAGGACAAGGAGCUCGAGGAACAGCAAGUCAAGGUCGAAUUACUAGAAUCCAGGGCCAAGGAGACCAAGGCUAAGGAUGAUGGCGUGAAAGAAAUGAAAGAAGAAAUCACCAAGCUUCGUACGGAGAAUACUUUGGCCGUUGAAAACCUACAACGCCUCCAGACAGAGUAUCAGGCGCUCCUCGAGUCUCAUGAGAGUCAAAAGAUGGAACUUGAGGCAAUCAAGCAUAAGCGAAUGGCAGACGGGCAGGGUCUCCCGCUUGGGCCUGCGGACGAGUCAGCGUCGCUACGCCUCAAGGCGGAGGUCGAUCAGCUCAGGCUGGAGAUCAUCAGUCUACAGUCAGCGGUACGCUUUCUGAAAUCCGAGAAUCGACAACUUAUGAUACCCGUGGGCGAUUCAGUACGAAGAGCUGUUGAACAUGAAUGGCUUGAUCCCAACCAUCUCAAGCAAGCAUCGACCAGGGAUGCCAAGACCGAACAGUUGCGCACCGGAUUGAAAGACGUGUUUGCGAGUUUGAUGGACCUGGCGAAGACCGCGAAGCCUGUCAAACUCAAGCGUCCAACUGUCAUCAGCCAAGAUGCGGCGGGAAAGACGUCUUGCUGGCGAGCACAAACCGACACCACAUUGUACCAAGUACUCCAGCAAAAAGAGGAGCUUGAGCAGUGGAAUGAAAUGAAGGACGACUUGCUUAGAAGGGCAAGGAUCGUGGCUCGUCCCGGCUAUAUUCCUCAACCAAAAGCGCCCAUGCAGCAGUAUCACUUGGGCUCCAAAGUUGACCCCUUCAAGGUCGCUGAUAUGGAAGAUGGAAACCUGGAGUUCGGGGUCCGAGUUGACGGAAUCUGUAUAGUACGAUGA